AGCAUUUAGCACGAACACCGUAAAAUGGGAAGUGAGUUGUCAACAAAUUAAAAUGUUUCAAAAGAACAGGAAACAUUAAUUGUACAAUCGAAAUGAAUAGGCAGUAUUUUUCAGUGAAUUUCCCAUAGUCUAAUUACAAGAUGAAUAAGCAACUUACUCGGAGCAGGUCCCUGUUCAAGCGUUUUUUCAUAUGUCUUUUUGCGGUGCUGCUGUCAGUGCUAGUAGUAGCCCUGAUUGUGCUGGUUUGGCCCCAGGAAAGUCCACAGGAGGUUCAUGCAGAAAAACAGCAGACCAGUAGGCUUCCCACAGGUCCUGCUAUUGUGCUUCGUGAUGACAGCCCCCUUGCAGAUUCACGGGACGAGCUAUGUACCUUCCACAAGUGCUUCAAUGUAUACGACUGUGGAUACAAUGACCAGACCAGGAUCAGUGUGUAUGUCUAUCCUCUACAACAGUUUGUUGAUGAGACUGGUGCCGCUGUGCUGCUUCCAAUCUCCAAAGAGUUUUACGAGAUACUGACAGCCAUCAUGGACUCCCCGUUUUAUACCACAGACCCUCAGAAAUGCUGCCUUUACGUGCCAGCGGUGGAUCUUCUCAACCAGAACAAACUACGGCUGAAAGAGACCAGCCAGGCACUAGCCUCUCUGAAAUGGUGGGGAGACGGAUCAAACCACCUGCUGUUCAACAUGUUACCUGGCAGUGUACCUGAAUACAACACUGUACUUGACGUAGAUGUAGAGCGGGCUGUUAUUGCAGGUGGGGGUUUCUCCUCAUGGACAUACAGACGGACGUACGAUGUCGCCAUCCCCGUGUAUAACCCUCUUACUGCCCAAGUGAAGCUGCCAGAGAAGUCCUAUCUCGAGGCGCGUCAGUGGCUGCUGGUUUCUUCACAGACGGGCCUCCACCGAGAAUACCGAGACGUCUUGGCCCGGCUAGACUCUACCCUGGUUCUCACUGUUGACAAGUGUGCCAGCUCAGACGAAGGAGACUGGGACUUCUAUAAGCGAUGCCAGGGAGAGUACGAGUUCCAGUAUCCACAUAUUCUACAGGAGGCUACAUUUUGCUUGGUAUUACGAGGUUCACGUCUGGGUCAGACGGCUCUUUAUGAUGCCAUGAAGGCGGGCUGUAUUCCUGUGGUUGUAGCUGACAGCUAUGUCUUGCCCUUCCAUGAGGUCAUCGACUGGAAAAGGGCUGCAGUGACAGUUCGUGAGGACGAUCUAGGGGAGGUGGUGAAAAUCCUCCAGGGGACAAGCCCUGCGCAGGUCCUCGAGAUGAGGCGUCAAGUGGGCUUCCUGUUUGAGCAUUACAUGCGCACAAUACGGGACAUGACACUUACGACUCUCCAGAUUAUUAACGAUCGAGUAUUCUCAUUUGCUAGUAAAAAGUAUGAGGAUUGGAAUGAUUUCAACAGACCUGGCAGUUCAAGAAACCCAUUGUUCCUACCAUUAAUGCCGCCCAGCAGUCAGGGCUUCACGGCAGUAAUUCUCACGUAUGACCGUCUGGAAUCGCUAUUCGAGGUGAUUCUGCAGGUUGCCAAGGUGCCGAGUCUUGCCAAGAUACUCGUUGUGUGGAAUAACCAAGAAAAACCUCCGCCACAGAUGUCCGCCUGGCCGUCUGUUGGUAAACCCCUGAAGGUUGUACAGACGUCACAGAACAAACUGAGUAACCGAUUCAUGCCGUACGAAGAAAUCGAGACAGAGUGUAUCCUCGCCCUAGACGAUGACAUAGUCAUGCUCACAGCUGAUGAGCUCCAGUUUGCAUUUGAGGUAUGGCGUGAGUUCCCUGACCGACUUGUCGGGUUUCCAUCUCGGGUCCAGCUGUGGGACAACACAACGGGCAAGUGGCGGUAUGAAUCCGAGUGGACCAAUGCCAUAUCCAUGGUUCUCACUGGAGCUGCCUUCUAUCACAAGUACUUCAGCUACCUGUAUACCCACAACAUGCCGGGCAACAUUAAGGCCUGGGUGGACGACCACAUGAACUGUGAAGAUAUCGCCAUGAAUUUCCUGAUCUCUAACAUUACUGGGAAAGCCCCCAUCAAGGUCACGCCACGGAAGAAGUUUAAGUGUCCGGAAUGCACAAAUACCGAAAUGUUGUCAGCAGAUAUCACACACAUGGUCGAGAGGUCAGAGUGUAUUAAUAAGUUCACAGACGUUUACCAGGCCAUGCCACUUAAGACAGUCGAGUUCCGGGCUGAUCCAGUAUUAUACAAGGACAAUUACCCGCCAGAGUUGAAAAAGUUCAAUGACAUUGGAAGUUUGUGAGAUUAGGAACCUCUCAUCUUUAAGGUGCCAUUCGGUUUAAAUUUCAUUGUGAAUGUAAAUAGUGUUUGCUGCUUUUAUCUGAUACAACUGCAUUUAAGAGAUCUGUGAUAAUGUAUUUUAAUACACAUGUAAUUUAACAUAUAGCUUGUUAACCUUACAACAGACAAUAAAUUCAAAUAAAAAUUGUUAACCUUACAACAGACAAUAAAUUCAGAUAAAAAAUUGUUAACCUUACAAUAGACAUAAAAUUGUUAACCUUACAAUAGACAAUAAAUUCAGAUAAAAAAUUGUUAACCUUACAAUAGACAAAAAAAAUCAGAUAAAAAAUUGUUAACCUUCCAAUAGACCAUAAAUUCAGAUAAAAAAAAUUGUUAACCUUACAACAGACAAUAAAUUUAAGUAAAAAAAGAUAAGAAAAGAUAGCAAAACAUGUUGUUUUUAAGGCAGUAUUAUGAUAGUUUCAAUUGCAACAUGUAUUGUUGGUAAAUUCAAUUGUUUUCGGUCGAAUAUAAAGGGGAUGAUAAAAGAUCAAGAACAUUUAGUGCUAGUAUAAGGGAUUCAGACGCAUGACUCGGAUAAGGGUCUAAGACCCCUGUUAAAAAUGUUUUGCAAGCCUUUUAUAUCAAUGUAUCUCUUACUAUUUAGAAUUCAAAGACCAUUUUCACCAUUACAUAUUUUUUACAGCUGUAUAAAUGCCAGAAAUUGGGAGCUCUCGAUCCUGAUCCAGAAUUAAUCCUGGAGCCAAUUUCUCAAAGAAGUUUAAGCAGCUUAAGUCUCCUAUUUCAUUUAGUCGAAUUACUUACUUAUAAGUUCAUUUUACAAAAUAAAAAAGGUUUAUCAUAUAGUAAUUAUCAUAAUAAUAAUAUCCUAUAAAAGUCUUAAAACUUGUCAAUAUAAAAAUAUCACACAUAUUAUACCUAAACAAAAAUAGCAUACUUUACAUAUAAUCCUGUUAUAAGGGAUUUAAACUUGUUCAAGAAAUUGGGUCCUCAAUUUUAUCAUCCCUGAUAUUAUACUACCAAGAUAUACUGUGUUACAUGUAUUAUGUACAUUUUGACUUCUUGUGUGGUCAGCAUUCAUUUAUCAUUUACAUAUGGGCAUAGCUCUCCAUUUUUAUAUAUCUGUAUUUAUUGCUGUUGCUGCAGGCUUGUGAUAAAUGUAUCCUUUAUCAUAUUUUUUGCUUUAAUAUAACAUUAUACAUUCUGAAUGUUUAUGAAACUAUCUGGAAUGAAUGCAUUUAUAUAUUUGUAUUUGUAAUAAAGAUAUUUUACAAAGAA